AAGAAUAACCAAAGAUUUAGAUAGAAGCAGGUGGUCGUGAAAAUCGUUGUCAGAACGGGUUGUUGAAAUAAUUAGUAUGGAGACUAAAGUACAGGUGAAAAAUGAACCACAAGAAACUUCGGAAACUGAGACUCAAAAAAAAAAACUUGCAGAAGAUAGUAGUGACAGUCCUCCAGCAAAGAGAGAAUGUCUUGUUAAAUCCAAAAAUCCACCAUCUGAAACUACAAUAUUACCUCCUCCACCUCCUCCAUUGCAAUUAUUUAACAUGUUCUUUGAGUUAUUCUAUGAUGGACCAUAUGAUUUGACACUGUCCAAUCGUUCAUGGGGUAUUCACAGAGUUCCACCGCCAAAUCGAGCUAUUGUUUUGUCAGAAAUAACAUUUGCUUUGUUCAACAUAACAAUGUCACCUUCAUAUAAAAAACAAGUAAUUUUAACUGAUCAUUUGAAAUUCAAAGCCUUUGUGUUAGAUAAGCUAGUGGUAGAAAAAACUCUAGAUAUUGAAAAUACUCAAGAAGAUUUUGAACAAUCUUUUGCGGAAGUGGUAAAUAUGGCAGUUUGUAAAGGAGGACCCAACAUUGAAGAUGAUCAAGAAAUAUUGUUAAGAUAUGGAUAUAAAGACUUUUAUAGUAAUCGAUGGAGACAUGAAUCAUGUACAAUAAUAGUUGAGAAGGGAGAUGAAGUAUGUAGGCCAUGUUCAUACUUAGAUAAAUAUUUUCAAGAGUGGCUAAAGUAUAAUUUAAAAGAUAAAAAGUAGAAAUAAUAAUAUGAGUAUAUUUUAGUUCAAUGAAAUUCUAGUCUACAUUGAAAUCUUCAGAUUAUUAGAUUUGAUCAGUAUUUUUUAUACAUAAUAUUGUGUCCUAUUAGUUAAAGUGAAAUCAAGGCAUUGUUAAAAUGCAUAUAAAUGAAAAGCUUAAAAAGUUGAGAAAAAACUGUUUUUUUCUAUCAUUAUGAAUUCUAACAUAUAAGUAUGUGUCAACAGUAUAUUAUAUUUUCUCACAGUAUUUUAGUAACCAUUAAUUUUUUUAGUCAAUGUGCAAUAUAAGACUUCUGUAACGUGUAUUUUUGUAGUAUUAUGUAUUAUUGACUAUACUAAUAUUUAUCACAAUAUGUAUUAAACUUACAGAUUACCAUUUGUAAGUACUCUCAUAGUUGUCAUUUUCAUUGUAUUUACAGUGUGUCAUACUUCACAGAAUAAGUUGUUCAAAUGUUUUAUUGUGGAAUAAAGCGGCAAACCCACUACUGUAUAGAAGUCUCCAUUUAUUUU